AUAAGCCGAAACCAGUGUCAAUUUAGGCGUCGCGAAAGAAACGGCCACAAAUCAUCCCUAAUUUCGAAAGUAGUAGCAUGCAAAAAGUGGCUAUGUUCUUGUCAGUGAUGGUCAGUGCGUUAUCCGCGAAGGUAGUGUCAGUUGAACUUUGAUCAAAUCACUGGUGACUUACAAUGAACGUGCCAAAAGUCGGGCUUAAAAUCUUCUUCAUAUUGAUCCUCGUCGACCAAAUCUACUCAAACAUCGACCGAAAAGAAUUUUUCUGUGGAAAAAAAUUAGUGAAAACUCUCACCGAACUUUGUGCUAUUUACAAUUACCCGACUUUGCCUAGGAGACGUUUUCGCCGGCAAAUAGUAGACGAAUGUUGCCGGUCACAAUGCUCUCGCCGGUAUUUAGUCCAGUAUUAUUGCAUGGAAGCUCACAGCUCGAUUGCGCAUCUUCUUAAAGCAAAACCCGAACCGGAGAAACUGCCGGAAAAGCCUAUUGAAGUGCCUAAAGAAAUCCCUGUAGGUACCACCCCCCCCCACAUUUCAUCAAAUCAUGGGAAUUGCAAAUGCAGGAAAAGACGGGCAAAGAGAAUAAAUAAAUCGAAGAGGAUGCAAGGACAGCGGAAUUUCAUUCAUAAUCCGGUGCCUCCGGCUAAUAUUGGGCACGUCGAACGUUCGCAAACGCCGUUCUAUAUUUGGAAAUUCUCAAGAGUUUAUUGAAAACAUCGACUUAUUUAAAUCCAUUUCAUUUCAUCUAUUUAUUUCUUGUCUCUGUGAUUUUUCUCGUACAAAACAUUGUAUUAUUUACGAGCUGAGUAUUUUUAUGACUUCUCAAAGAGCAAUUAGUAGACUUUAAUUAUUUAUAAUUAUUAAUAAGGACAAAGGGUUUGCGUGCUACUGCUACUAAUUAUCUUCGAGGGACAUUAAUGUGACAUACUUUUUACUUCAAUAUUUUUUUACUUGUGAUCGACUUGUUUGUGUUUUGAUGCAUGGUCGUAAUUUUAAUAAAUA